AUGCUUCCUCUUCGUUUCCUCGCUACAAGAAGCCUAUCAGCUUCUGUUGCUGCUAGAGAAUCGAUUUGUCCUGCUGGUACGGUGCUUAACCUCAAAAUCAGGAAAUCUGGUGAUGAACCAGUCGCCUUGAAAGAUGAAGAGUACCCUGAAUGGUUGUGGGACUGCCUCAACAAAGAAAAGAUGGAUCAACAAUUGAAGGAGACAGACAUCAUGAAGUGGAGGAAAAAACAGAUCAACAAGGCCAACAAUGCCAAGAUCAAGAAUAACAAUUUUGUCUCACAAAUGUAA